GAGUGUCGUCUUUCAAUCCAAAACAAAUGGCGGCGCCCGGCACCGUGAUCCUCAGUAGACCAUAUUAUUGUUUUCUGAGGUUCUGAGAAGAAUGGACCCUACUGGAGAAGAACCGCCACCGGACCUUAUCAGACUCAAGUCCUUAAAGAACAACAGAAUAUUCGCAGUGCCUCAAAAUGACCGGUUCGGCAGCUGCCGAAGUGUCCGAGAGUUUGAGAAACUCAACCGAAUCGGAGAAGGAACCUACGGCAUCGUGUACAGAGCCCGUGACACCAGGUCAGACGAGAUCGUAGCGCUGAAGAAGGUGAGGAUGGACAAAGAGAAAGAUGGAGUUCCCAUCAGCAGCCUGCGAGAAAUCACUCUGCUGCUGCGACUGCGUCAUCCCAACAUUGUUGAGCUGAAGGAGGUGGUGGUGGGCAGUCAGCUGGAGAGUCUCUUCCUGGUGAUGAGCUACUGUGAGCAGGAUCUGGCCAGUUUGCUGGAAAACAUGCAGACGCCGUUUUCGGAGGCUCAGGUGAAGUGUAUCAUCCUUCAGCUGCUCAGAGGUUUGGAGUUUCUUCACCACAACUUCAUUAUUCACAGGGACCUGAAGGUGUCAAAUCUGCUGAUGACGGACAAAGGCUGCGUUAAGAUCGCUGACUUUGGCUUGGCGAGGAUGUACGGUAUCCCACAGCAACCCAUGACGCCCAGAGUGGUGACACUGUGGUACAGAAGUCCAGAGCUCCUCCUAGGGACCAAGACACAAACUACAGCUCUUGACAUGUGGGCGGUCGGCUGCAUCCUGGCCGAGCUGCUGGCCCACAAACCUCUGCUGCCCGGAACCUCAGAGAUCCAGCAGGUGGACCUGAUCGUUCAGCUGCUGGGGACGCCCAACGAGAACAUCUGGCCGGGUUUCUCUCAGCUGCCUCUCAUGGGUCAGUACAGUCUGAGGAAGCAGCCGUACAACAACCUGAAGAAUAAGUUCACGUGGCUUUCUGACGCUGGACACAGACUACUCAACCUGCUCUUCAUGUAUAACCCACAGCGCAGAGCUUGUGCCAAAGACAGUUUGGAGAGUUCUUACUUCAAAGAAAAACCCCUGCAUAUCGCAGAUGUUAUUGUGCGAGAAGAAAAACCUCAACGGUGCCUUUUCCACGCAGCCUGUGAACCAGAGCUGAUGCCGACGUUCCCGCAUCAUCGCAACAAACGCAGCAAAGUGUGAGGACGACGAAGAUGAAGGGGACGACGAAGAGGACAAAGACAAAGUCGUGAAAAGUUGGUGGAACCUGUUGUUUGUCACCAGUGAGUGAUGUCACAGACGUCAUGUGACCAGUCACACGCUUUCAGGCAAAAAAAUACACAUUUAAAAGAAAAUGGAGUCUCAAUCUUUGAGUCUGAGUGUUUGUGUUAGUCAGUUCACUCUUUGUUUACUUUUAAAGGAACAGUUCAACAUUUCUACAAAACAAACGUGUUACAUGUUUGCACCGCGAGUAAAGUCGAGUUAACGUUU